AUGCAAUUUGUGGAUAAGUUUAACAGAAACCUUGGAUCCUACCGCUUACCUAUCUCACCAUCCUCUACUGGUUCUCUGGUUUCCUUAUUUUGUGUUCGUCCUUUUGGUCACCUUAUGGAAGAAAUUUUUCCACCCUAUCGUGUUUUUAUUAAUCACAGAGGAUCUGAUGUCAAGAAAACCCUUGCCAGCCAUAUCUAUUAUGCUCUCGAAACGCAUGGAUUGAGGGUAUUUCUCGAUAAACAGGAAUUGCAAGUGGGGGAUUUCUUAACCCCUGCAAUUCAAUCUGCCAUUCGUAGUGCCUCCGUUCAGAUCGCCAUUUUCUCCAAAACAUAUGCGCAAUCCCUGUGGUGUUUGGAUGAGCUGGUAUGGAUGUUUGAUUCUGACCCUACUUCUAUUAAGAUCAUCCCCAUCUUCUAUGACAUCGAACCUUCAGAACUUCGUUAUGUGGAGAAGGGAGCAUAUGCCACAGCCUUUGAGGAGCAUAGAAGGAAAGGCAGGGUUACCGAUGAACGAGUGGAAAGCUGGAUAAAAGCCCUCGAAAAAGUUUCUGCUAUUUCUGGCAUCACAUUCAGGACAGAGACAGACUAA